CUCACAUCUAACAAUAAUUCUCUCUCUCUCUCUCUUCUUAACACAUCAAUAUGACUAAAAUCACAACCAUUAUAAUCAUGGCUCUUCUUCUCUGUUCAACGCUAACCUACGCAGCCCGGCUGACGCCGACGAUGACCACCGCUUCUUCCAGAGAAGACACCGUCAAGGAAAUUGAAGGAGAUAAGGUUGAAGAAGAAAGCUGCAAAGGACUUGGAGAAGAAGAAUGUUUAACUAGACGGACCCUUGUUGCUCACACCGAUUACAUUUACACUCAAAAUCACAAGAACUAAAUUGAUAUAUUAGGCCAAUUAAUUAGCAAUUACAUUAUCAAACCUAUCACUGUACUUUCUGUUUUAUGUUCUUUUUUUCUUUCUUUUUUUCAAUUUUGUUAUUGCUACUUUUGCUGUUACUUUGAGAGUUGUUAUUAUUCACACUCGUUCUAUAAUUAUGGAUUAUCAAAUUGGUUUCGCUA